UCCAUUAGCCCUGGACGCCGGAAACCACAAAGGGCAGUCAAGUUUUGAUUUUCAAGGAGAAAGCCUCUGGGUGAUCUUUCCGCUCAGCCGCUCGGCCGCCAGGAGAUCUGUUGGUUCCUGGGAUGAGUUCUUCUGAAUCCUUGCAGAUUUCUAUGUUCUUGAAGACCCAAAUCAGUGGAUUACAGUCAUCGAAAAGCUUAGGUGACUUCGGAAGAUUACUCUGUUUGGUGUACGCUCACAUUGCCAGGCUGGGGGACCGAGCAGUGGAACCCCUUUUGUUAUCUUUUUAAAGAAGAUCAGAGAGGAAGACGGGUUCAAAGUGUGGAUUAAGGGGUCCUAAAUCUUUGCCUAGCACCUCCGUCUGGAUCUUCAUAAAUAGAUUGAGGAGUGCAAUGAAUUUAUGGGAUCAUGCGAAGUGUCCUUGAAGCUUGUUCUGGAACCUAGCUUCCGGACCCAGAAACUUCUCCAAACACAGACCUGUUGUGCCAGGCAGUCUGAAUGGACCGGCAUCUCUGCUUUGAAGAUUUGCAGCUUUCUUUUCUGUUGAGAGAUUAAUCUCUGGGGUGAUCGGUUGGCUUUUGGGCGAACGAUGGAGAAACAUAAACCCGCCGGCCUGCUGACCUUGCCGUACCACCUCCACCCGGUGCCCCUGAGCUUGCCUGGGACCCUGCCCCGCCUUCCUCUGAGUGACCCGUUCAGGGUCUCCUUGCAUCUGGACGCCGCGUGCCGCGCCCCGCGACGGCCCUACCUGCCCCUGCCGCUGGACGGCGCCUUCCAGCCCGCCUUCCUCCACAAGCGCAACCAGCGCGAGCGGCAGCGGGUACGCUGCGUGAACGAGGGGUACGCGCGCCUCCGAGACCACCUGCCCCGCGAGCUGGCUGGCAGGCGCCUCAGCAAAGUGGAGACGCUCCGCGCCGCCAUCGGCUACAUCAAGCACCUCCAGGAGCUGCUGGACCGCCACGCGCCGGGGCAGGAGGACCCAGCCGGCACCCCGCGCAGGCCCGAAUGCAACAGCGAUGGCGAGUCCAAGGCCUCGUCGGCGCCUUCGCCCUGCAGCGAGCCCGAGGAGGGGGGCAGCUAGCGAGCCCCGGGACUCAGGCCGGACCUCGUGCCCGCUGCACCGCGCGCCUUUGCAGUCUGGUCUGAGGUUCUCUCCCAAGCAAACCAUACCAGAUUCUGAGCACCUCAUUCUGAAAACUCAACGCGCAGUCACAGUGGGUAUUUCCUACAGUCAGCCGUGUGGGUGAAUUCUGUACAAACUAUUGAAAUAAAUCCAACCGUAAACAAAGAAGAACUUUCCCAAAGUAAAUAAAUAAAUGGCAGUUGUUAAGAUGAGAGGAAUGCUUGCUUUCAUUCCUUCCUUUGGAAACUGUAUUAGACAUUUAAUCGACGCGGUGCUGUGGCGGAAGGUGGUGAUUCUGAGCUGACGACUGAGGACACACUGGUCAGAGCGCGCUGCUAGGCCAGUCUAGGCUGUUGACUGACUAUGUGAACGGCGGUGCGAGAGAAGACGUUCCAUAUUUGACGUAUCGCGUUUUAUCAAAAAGUGGCUAUUUGGAAACGGCAUCGCAUUUAGCAGAUAACAUGUUAGUGUCAACGAUCUCUUUGGAAGAGAACUCAGAUUUGUAUGAAAACUUACUUUUCCUCUCAGUUGUUUUCGUCCACCGUUUUUUCAUUUCCCUUUUCUUUGCGCCGCCCCUUGUAGUUCUCAUUCCAUCUAACUUUGGCUAAACUGAAGUGACAUGGUGACUUUGAAAAAAAUGAAAAAGAAAGACAUGCUUAGCGGGUUGAAUGGGAUGGACUGAGGUUGGUACAUUCUCAAUCUUCUUUCCAGUUAUAUUGACAUUAUCUAGUGACGUUGGCUUGUUCCUAGUCUUUUAAAAAUACUUAAUUCUAGUUGUCUUUUUUCCCCCUGAGACAAAAUUAUAAAUUCAGUAGAUAAGUCAAAAGCUUGUUAACCUAAGAAAUAAACUUCCUCUCUCUAAAGUUAUUUCCUAAUAUGCUGAAUUGCCCUUUCCACACAGGCAGCUUUGGUAUGGGGGUGGGGAGCGCGGCUAGGAAAUAGACAAAAAGACAAACUGACAAUGGUGAGUCCUUUCAGGACUGCACGUAAUCCCCACACUGGUCUCCUGAAGUAGGUUUUAUUACCCUCUUUUUACGGAUGUGUCAACUGAGGGAAGCUAAUAGUUAGUGAACAUUUUUUACAUGCGAGGAAUUAAGUUGUGUGCUUUCUACAUUUUGUCCUAAUUCUCAUAAAUUUGUGAGAUAUUACUCAUAUUUUGUGGUUUAAAAAAAAAAAUGAAGCUCAAGGUUAUCUGCCUUGCCCAGGUUAGUGGUGCUACGAUUAGUUGAGCUGAGAUCCAGUCCUUCCCUUGCUCUGAGCAAACAUUACUUGACCUGUGGAACACUGAACCAUGUUAAAAAGUAUAAUUACUACUAUUUAUAACGAUGAGCUAUAACAGCAUGCUCUUGUUUCCAGCUGCACAGAUAAAUGCUAUGCAAUGAUUCACAACCAAACUUUCCUUUUUCUCAAGAACAAGGGAGAGUAUUUUGGUUUGAAUGAACAAGAUGUAAGAGCUGUUUUCUCUUACCUAUCACGUAGUUACAACCUCAUGCACUCCUACAACAUAUCCAUUUUAGUCUCUAGCAGGUCUUUAUCCCAUGUGAGGGUUUCAGAGAAGCAAGCCUAAGUGAGAUAUAUUUACUAAUUAGGAAAAAAAAAGAGGCAGGGGACAUCCAUGUUACCAUCCUGGUGAGUUGGAGGAGAUACUAAUUAAUCAAGUCACUAAGAACCUUGGGAGACUUUUUCAGGGGUCUUUGACAGGCAGUAAUCCGGCUCUCCAUUCCUUUAUUCUGGUUGGACAUGGGCUAACACCUUGACACUUUUUGACACUUUUAGAAAUAGAAAUAGCAACAAUAAAAGAGUAUAUUUUGUUUCAUCUACACAGACUAUGUGAUUGCUUUUUAAAUGCAUGAAAAAAUACUUUUACCUCUUUAACUAGAUGUAUAAAAUCCGUGAAUAAAUAUAAUACACUAUGCUGGGAUGAGUGGCUUAUAAUAAAGAGAAAGACAAAGGUGGUUUUAAUAGAGAACUUUAUUCUGGAUAAAAUGCAUUAAGAGACUUUUAAUGUGGCUUUAUUUGAAGCCCUAUUAAGAAUAAGGCAAUGAUUUUGAAAAACCUUUUGGAAAAAAUUACGUAAAAUCUUAUCUCAAUCAUAUAACUUUGUUUUCAGAAAAAAAAAAUCAGGCAACUUUUCUAGAAACUUCCUGAUGGCUUCCAGGAGGAGCACCAGUCCAGGAAUGAGACCUUUUAAAAUGUUCCAUCUUUCCUUUUCCUGUGAGUGAACGCUUAAUUAACCACAGAACCAUUUUACUUUCAAAAAGAACAAAGUUGGUUCUAAGUACUUAUGCCAUCAUUUUUGCUGCAAACAUUUUCGCCACAUCACUAAUUGGCUGGAAGGUGAUUUUGCCAUAAAAAAAAGAUAAAAUAACUGGUUAAUAGUUUGGUGGUUUUUUUGGUUUGGUUGCUUGGUUUCAUUUCUCCAUUGAUGAAUCAACUGCAUUCAUUUGACUUAAUGUAUUUGAAAUAAUUGUCACUUUCAUUUCAUUUUUCCACUGACAAGUUGUCAUAGUUACUCCCAUUUUUAUAUUAUGCAUAAAUCUUACCUAGCCCUCAUAAUGGUCUACACAGUGACGAGCAGGUGUGGUAGUGAUGAUGGUCUUAAAAUACAUAGUUAGCGUUUCUUUCAGAUGAGGAUGAUUUGCCCUAAGAGUUGGCUUCUUAUUUUGAAACCCACUACCUUGGAAGGAGAAAGGGGCUGGGGGUUCUCUCUGAGGGCACAGUGUUGAACCCACAUGUCCCAUAGAAUAAGGACAAGUGACUAGCUACAAUCCAUAAAAUAAAAUCAGUUAUUCGCACAGCA